AUGUCAACUGAGACAGAACUUCAAGUAGCUGUGAAAACCAGCGCCAAGAAAGACUCCAGAAAGAAAGGUCAGGAUCGCAGUGAAGCCACUUUGAUAAAGAGGUUUAAAGGUGAAGGGGUCCGGUACAAGGCCAAACUGAUCGGGAUUGAUGAGGUUUCUGCAGCUCGGGGAGACAAGUUAUGUCAAGAUUCCAUGAUGAAACUCAAGGGCGUUGUUGCUGGCGCACGUUCCAAAGGAGAACACAAACAGAAAAUCUUUUUAACCAUCUCCUUUGGAGGUAUCAAAAUCUUUGAUGAGAAGACAGGGGCCCUUCAGCAUCAUCAUGCUGUUCAUGAAAUUUCCUACAUUGCAAAGGACAUCACAGACCACCGGGCCUUUGGAUACGUUUGUGGGAAGGAAGGGAAUCACAGAUUUGUCGCCAUAAAAACAGCCCAGGCGGCUGAACCUGUUAUUCUGGACUUGAGAGAUCUCUUUCAACUGAUUUACGAAUUGAAGCAACGAGAAGAGUUGGAAAAAAAGGCACAAAAGGAUAAGCAAUGUGAACAAGCUGUGUAUCAGACAAUUUUGGAAGAGGAUGUUGAAGAUCCUGUAUACCAGUACAUUGUGUUUGAGGCUGGACACGAGCCAAUCCGUGAUCCCGAAACGGAAGAAAACAUUUAUCAGGUUCCCACCAGCCAAAAGAAGGAAGGUGUUUAUGAUGUGCCAAAAAGUCAACCUGUAAGUAAUGGCCAUCCAUUCGAGGAUUUUGAAGAACGGUUUGCUGCGGCCACCCCGAACAGAAACCUGCCGACCGACUUUGAUGAGAUUUUAGAGGCAACAAAGGCUGUGACCCAACUAGAACUUUUUGGGGACAUGUCCACCCCUCCUGAUAUAACCUCUCCCCCUACUCCUGCAACUCCAGGUGAUGCCUUUAUCCCGUCUUCAUCUCAGACACUCCCGGCGAGUGCAGACAUGUUUAGUUCUGUACCUUUCGGCACUGCUGCUGUACCCUCAGGUUAUGUUGCAAUGGGCGCUGUCCUCCCAUCCUUCUGGGGCCAGCAGCCCCUCGUCCAACAGCAGAUCGCCAUGGGUGCUCAGCCACCAGUCGCUCAGGUGAUGCCAGGGGCUCAGCCCAUCGCAUGGGGCCAGCCGGGUCUCUUCCCUGCCACUCAGCAGCCCUGGCCAGCUGUGGCCGGGCAGUUUCCGCCAGCCGCCUUCAUGCCCGCACAAACUGUUAUGCCUUUGCCAGCCGCCAUGUUCCAAGGUCCCCUCACCCCGCUUGCGACCGUCCCAACCACGGGUGACUCCACCAGGUCAAGUCCACAGACCGAGAAGCCCAGACAGAAAAUGGGGAAAGAGAUGUUUAAGGAUUUCCAGAUGGCCCAGCCUCCACCCGUGCCCUCCCGCAAACCCGACCAACCCUCCCUCACCUGUACCUCAGAGGCCUUCUCCAGUUACUUCAACAAAGUCGGGGUGGCACAGGAUACAGAUGACUGUGACGACUUUGACAUCUCCCAGUUGAAUUUGACCCCCGUGACUUCUACCACGCCAUCAACCAACUCACCUCCAACCCCAGCCCCUAGACAGAGCUCUCCGUCCAAAUCAUCUGCAUCCCACGCCAGCGAUCCUACCACGGACGACAUCUUCGAGGAGGGCUUUGAAAGUCCCAGCAAAAGCGAAGAGCAAGAAGCUCCUGAUGGAUCACAGGCCUCAUCCAACAGUGAUCCAUUUGGGGAGCCCAGUGGGGAGCCCAGUGGUGAUAAUAUAAGUCCACAGGCCAGUAGCUAG